GAAAGACCAUAACUAGGAUUCGGGGUAGCCCACGGAAGACGGUUCUGGAGGGCUGGCCCACGUUCCCCACGCUGCCAAGCCAGAGGUGGGUGGGGCAGCAAACGAGUUUCUCCCCUUGGGCGGAGGAAGGGAAUUUGCAGGCGGUCCCUUAGCAUCUUAGGAAGCCAACGCUGGCUUGUUAUGGUCUCGUUGCUCUGCUUUUCCCCCCAUCCUGACGCUGCAAAAGAGCGGCUGCGGUUGAAGACGAUCCGGAGGAAGGAAAGAAAGUGGAAUUGCAAACCAACCCCUCGCUUGGGUUUGCUCACCUGGCUGCCUUCAGAGGCCUCAGGGCACAGCUGCUGCUGUUGCUACUGCUAUACAGUGAGAAGAGGCUCCAAGGCUGAUUCUGGGAACUUUGUCAGGACCUGCCAGAGACAUAGAGAGAAUUGCAAAGCCUUUGGCUAACCAGGAUCUCAGAAUUUUUCUGCUCUCUUCACUCCGCCCCAUUACUUCCAGUAGCUUCACUGUCUGUGUUUCGGCUGUUCUUACCAGAGACUCACACUGGCAGCACUGAAAUGGCAGUGGUUGAUCCUGGUGUCUGCAACUGAGUCUAAAUCAGGGAAUGACACUUCUCAGGUAUUUUUUGAGCUAAAACUUUCCAGGGGACCCAUCAGCUUCACAGAUGGACAACUCAUUCACGGACGAAUCUUCAUCAGGAGAUGGGACUCUCCUCCUCCUGAGCAUCCUAGGAUUUAAAAAUAGCCCAGUCAAUGAAACAGAACAGCACUGCUUUAGCGCCCAUGGCCAUAGCACUGUCCUCCAAGGGUUGCCAUUUGGUGGCAUCCCCACCGUUCUUAUCCUCAACCUCAUUGUCUGGGUGAUCCUUCUCGUGAUAUUCUCCUGCCUUCGUAAAGCAGCUUGGGACUAUGGGCGCCUGGCGUUGCUGAUGGACAAUGACAGCCUGACAUCACUCUUCUAUGGAGAGCAAAGUGAAAAGGAAAAAUCCCCAUCAGAGACCAGCCCGCAGGAUGUUGAAAACAAAGAUGUGGGUUUAUGCUCCUGGCUGAUUUCGAUCUACCAGAUGAAGGAUGAAGAAAUUCAAAGCAAGUGUGGAAUUGAUGCCACCACCUACCUGUCCUUCCAACGUCACAUCCUGGUGUUGCUCACGAUAAUCUGUGUGCUCUCCAUAGCAGUCAUCCUCCCUGUCAACUUCUCUGGUGACCUCCUGGGUCAUGAGCCUUCUAAUUUUGGUCGAACCACAAUUGCAAAUGUCCCCAAAGAGGACCGUCUCCUGUGGCUGCACAGUAUCUUUGCCCUCCUCUAUUUCGUCAUCACUGUCCUCUGCAUGGCUCAUCACUCCAUCCAGCUUGAUUACAAAGAGCAUGAGAAGGUGGCGCGGACACUGAUGGUUACCAGGAUUCCCAAAGAAAUCACUGAUCCUUCCCUUGUCAUCAAACACUUCCAUGAGGCCUAUCCAAGCUGCACUGUAACUGCUGUCCAGUUUUGCUUUGAUGUUCACAAACUAAUGAAGCUGGAUUCAAAGAGGCGCAAAGCAAUGAAGGGAAGGCUUUUCUUCACCACCAAGGCUCAAAAGGAGGGGAAAAUCAUGAUUAGGAUCCACCCCUGUUCCCGCAUCUUCUGUUGCCGUUUUUGUGGCUUUGAAGAGGUUGAUGCUGAACAAUAUUAUGGGGAGCUGGAAGAGAAACUGACAGAUGAGUUUAAUGCUGAACGCAGCCGGAUUGCGCUCAAGCGCCUUGAUAUGGCAUUUGUCACGUUCCAGGAUGAAAGGAUGACAGCCACGAUUUUGAAGGAUUACAACCAUCCCUACUGCUACAGAAAUCCACAGCAAUCAUCUGUUACCACUGUCGUGAAGUCCCACUGCUGGGGAGUUAGCUAUGCUCCUGCUCCCAAUGACAUCAUCUGGGAGAAUUUAUCCAUCCAUGGUGCUUCGUGGUGGGUACGGUUUAUCCUGCUCAACAUCAGCCUCUUCAUCCUCCUCUUCUUCCUCACCACACCUGCCAUCAUUGUCAACACCAUGGACCUGUUCAACGUUACACGGCCUGUGGAGAGCCUCAAGAACCCAGUUGUCACCCAGUUCCUUCCCACUCUACUGCUCUGGGCCUUUUCUGUGCUCCUUCCUUUCAUAGUGUACUAUUCAGCUUACCUUGAGUCACAUUGGACAAGGUCAAAUAAAAACCAGAUCACAAUGCACAAGUGCUAUUUCUUCCUGAUAUUUAUGGUUAUCAUCUUGCCGUCGCUUGGACUGACAAGUUUGGAUCUUUUCUUCCAUUGGCUCUUUGACACUCACUUUCUGGAUCAGGCAGACAUGCGGUUUCAAUGUGUUUUCCUCCCUGAUAAUGGUGCUUUCUUUGUCAACUAUGUCAUCACCACCAGCCUGAUAGGGACAGCCAUGGCACUUAUGCGCAUCCCCGGACUCGUUGUCUAUGCUACACGGCUCGGUUUUGCCAAGUCUGAACCAGAAAGGCUUCAUGUCAAGCGGAACCAAGCUUAUGACUUCCAAUUUGGAUUGGAGUAUGCCUGGAUUUGCUGUGUAUUUGCUGUUGUUAUGACCUAUAGCAUCACCUGUCCCAUUAUUGUUCCCUUUGGUUUGCUAUACAUGAUGCUCAAGCACAUGGUUGACCGCUACAACAUUUACUAUGUAUACCUGCCCACCAAGCUGAACCAGCACAUCCAUUUAGCAGCCGUCAGCCAGAUGGUGAUGGCUCCCAUGCUCUGUAUGUUCUCUCUGCUCUUCUUCUCCAUCCUCCGGUUAGGCUACAGACAUCCCAUCACCAUCUUCACCUGUGUAGUCCUUCUCUGCUGCAUCUUUUGUUCCUUCUUCGGCUUGUGUCUACGGAAGCUACAUCCAAGGAAGCCUUCCAGUUACCAGGAAAUGUCUGAACAGUCUGAGGGAGCUUACAUUGAUACAGAAAGGAGCAGCAUCUCUUCAACACCAAAUUCAAAUAUGUUUGUAGCUACAGUUCUCCAAGAGCCCGAACUCAGCCUCACGCCAGCAGCCUCUCCAGCUCACCAGUCCUAUGGCACUAUGGGCGGCCGUCUGGAGCAAGCAGAGAAUCUGGAGGGUGGCCUGCAGAGUUUUGAAACAGAGCUGCAAAACACAGAGGAUAAAUACAAGACCAGGCCUGUGCUGGACAACCAAAUGCAGUACCAUUGACCCCACCUCCUGUCAGAGCCAUGACAGACAAAGAGGAAACAUUUGACUGUUGAGAGUGCCAGGGGAAGCCUCAUAUCCCAAGGCCUGGAUAAUUCUGAGCUGUCAUAUCAGUCCUGGUGUCAGCUGGUCUUGAGCAAGGAUCUGGAACCAGGCAGGUGGAUGCACAAUGCCUUUCGAUGCUGCACAUCUCUUAGCCAUGCUGUUGGGUUGACAGAUCAACUCUUUGGCAGAGAGAAAGAAUGAUGGAGAAGUUCCUUGGAUGGCAGUGUUACUCCCAUCCUUUGCUCCAGCUCUUCCACAGUGUGUUCCCUGUAUCGCCUUGCAUCCUUCUGUUCCAGGGCCACAAAGACUCUCCUUGCCUGGCUCUUCUUACAUCUUCUGACAAACCCUCUCAGAUCUCAUGUGACCCAUUUUCUCUCUUCCUCAUUUUCUCCACCAUUUUAUCUGGCUUUUCCUUUUACACUAUUUUUCAUAGCAGCAAAGUUCUGUAGUGUUAUAUCUUCUACACAUUACAGCAAGAGGAAAAGAAAUGAAAUGUGAUGGCUAUGGUAGCUAUGAACUUUUUGACAAAUAUUUUGAAGGGUGGGUAAGAAACAGAGCUGGGAAAAGUACUUCUUUGGACUAGAAGUUUUGGAAUCCUUAUUAGUGGGUUGUGGGCAUUGUAGUCAAAAACGUUUCUGAGCUCUGGCAGGAAGAGUGGAAUGGCAACUGCCUAGUAAGACUCCUUUAAGAUGCCCAUGCAGCUCGUUGUAAUGCAUCAGCUGAAGAAGCAAAAGCUUGUGUGUUUCCUGAAUAACACAAGAGCCCUUGGAGACUCAUCUUGCAAGCCACAGAUCCUUAGCAUUUUUUAAAAAAUUGUGCCCUUUAGCUACUGCUGCAAUUGUUGCUUUUACCCAAAUCCACUGCCUUUGAGAGAGACUCACCUUGCCUCUUUGGCCCAAGUGAGAAGCUUGAUUUGCCUGUUUUUCUAGAUCUGUGUUCUGUGCUAGACUUCCAGAAGAAUUGCUCAUGUUCACAUUUUGCUGCCUGUGCCCAAAUCAGGAAUUAGUUUUUGGUUUGGGGAGGGAAGCAAAUGAGAAGGGGGUUAUAUUGAAGCUGAAGCCAAAACUUGAUGGGAGAAUGUUAACUUUGUGUGUGUAAAUCCAGAUGUGCUGCAGUCCCAGAACAACUGGGAAUAAAAUCAAACUUUUAGAAUUAAAGGGGGCUUAUAGGUGGAAAGAACGAAAUCCUCUCACAGUCGAUAAUAAGGUGGGCACGGGACUGAUCAUCCUAUUGUGGAAGAGAGAAGGAUUUGACUUCUGCCACUUUUAUCUAAUGUUUGUCUACAUAUUUGAGAUCUUUCCACAUUAUGAGGGUGGAACCUGUUUGAUUCCAGUACACAUCACCCUAGCAGGUAUGGCUAGAGUUUGGGAAAGAUGGGACUGUUAUACAACCUCCAGAGAGCCUCAAGUGGGAGAAACAUAUUUGAACCUAUUGCUGGACUACAAUCCCAUCUUGUUUGACAUCUGAGACAGGCAGAAAUGAGGUCUCUGCCCUUAAGUGACCAUAAUCAGCAUGUUCAAAGUUAGCAGCAUCUAACCUGCAUGAGACCACACACUCCAACCAUCUACAGAAAGAAUGUUGCAAGGAUAGGUAUGGUUAUCAGAAUUAGUUUCUGUUUAGAUUAUUGCAUGGACAUUUGUUUUGUUUAGACCUGCUGAUGUCAAACAGAGCAUUUUCUAGUUAAAUUGCAUAAUAACCUGGACCAUUAUUUAUCUCCCAUUCAUCUUGCUGAGCAUGUUCUACUAAUUUUCUGGGACUGAGGCAGUUGAGGUUAGUCUCUUGCAGUAAUAUUCUAAUAACUGUUAUGUGAUGACUUAAAAACUACUUUUGAAUUAAGGCUUAACAGACAAGAAAAGGUGUCAAUAAAGAUGUGCCAACUUUUUUCUAGUAUAGCCCCUCUGCCUUGAGUGAUGCCUCUCACUGAGCAAGCUGAACAUUCCUAAGGAUAGAGGCUGAGCUUGCAAACAUUGCCUGGUGUCCUGUUAGUUUUAAUUGGACUUGGAUCCUCAUCCCACAAGUGGAGGAAAAGCGGGGAAAACUGGAGGGCACAGAUUUAUCCUCUUUCCUCUUGUCUUUCCCUAUCUUGUGGGAUGGCCAGCCAUCCCACAUCCUUUCUAAGUGAUGUCUAUCUUUCCACCACAUUCCUCCAAUUGGAGUCGGAUGUUAUCCAACUCCUGAAGAUAGAUUUAGGGCUUUGCUUCCAUGUGCUGUGGAAACGUAGCCCCACAGAGUCCCACCAGAAGUGCCCUUACAUUAUGUGAUGGCCUCCGUGGGACUUCCAUGGGACUCCUUUUCCAAAGUGCAUGGAAACAAGAGCCCUAAACCCUUGGAGAAAACCCCAGGAGAUGGGCUACUUCCAGAUUGGACAGUCCCGGAUGAAGUCCUUAGAUCAUUGUAGCUGCUUUAUGUUCUCAUUUGCAACCAUAGUCCUAUCACCAUGAUCACGAAUGGUCCUGAAGCCCAUCUUAAAAACCAUCCAUCCUUCCAGAGUACUAGAUAUCUAUUGCCAAGUGAGGCAUUGAAGGAUAACGUGAUUAGCCUACUCCCAUUGGCAAGUAAUGCUCAAACACAGAAGCAGGGCAUAGAUGCUCAACAUGUUUGGAACUGGGUCUCGGCCAUUAUUCCUAAUGAUAGUAUAUAUUUCCAGAAUCCCACAGCCGGCUAAGAAAAGUAAA